GGCUGGCGACCGGUUGAGGGCGCACCCCGCCUCCCGUGUCCCGCCUGCCGCGUCCCGCCUCCCGCGUCCCGCCUGCCGCGUCCCGCUUCCCGCCUCCCGCCUCCCGCCUCCCGCCCGAACAUAGCCGGGAAAGGAAAAUGGAUGGAUGGAUGGAAAUAUAAAUAUAAAUACGAUCUUCAGCAAAUAAAUCAUGAAUGUCAAAAAUAAUCACGUAGCACAUAAUAACAAUAAUAAUAAUAAUAAUAACGUUAUAAACUACGGUUGUGGUCACUUCAAAAUGUAUUAAAAUUUUAUUUUUAGUUUUUUUAUGACGAUAACAAAUUGAUCAUAAAUACAGUGUACACAUUGCUAAUGUGUUUAAAAAAUAAAAAAAAAAGUGUAUAUUUUGCCCCAAAGUGUGUCAGCGGACCGGAAGUAAAAAAAUAUUUUAUUGUGGUUGCUCGGUAACGAGGAUAAAGUCGCACCAAGAUGGCGGAUGGUGUGCUCGGUGGUCACCAUGGAAACGAGACGCAAACAUUGCAAGCCGGAGCGCGUGGACGAGAUUUAGGAAUUGGUUGCGUAACAAGAGUGAGGAAGAGGAAGAUGCCGAGGAAGGGGAAGAAAGGAGGCGGGGCGUCGGAGGAGGAAGGGGAGGAGCUUCUGCUGCGACGUCGCCGAGCCAAAGAACAACAAGCGGAAGUGAACAGGAAGAGGGAGGAGCUUCUCACACUCUUCCUAACAGUCAAAGUGCAGAAGGAGGAGCACAACUCCCGCCUCAACCAGGCGAAGAUCAAGCAGACCUGGCGCGUCAUCCUCCGCCAGGCGCGCUCGCAACGGCUGCGCGAUGACAUCAUCAUCUCGAGACAGAGCUUCGAGCGACAGCUGGACGGCCUGGAUGACGUCAUCAAGAGCUUAUCAGGUGACCUCGAGGAGGCGGAGCGUCAGUGUUGCCGCGUGCGUCGUCUUCACCUUCAUCACGUCGAGCGUCUGCGGGCUUCGCUGGACGAGCGCGCGGCGUCGGUGCGGCGCCGCUGGGAGGGAAAUCUGCGAGACGUCUGCCGAGGCUUCGCGGCGGAAGAGAGGAACAAGAUGGCGUCGCAGCGCGGCAGUCUGGAGGACGCGGCCGUCACGUUCGUCGCGCGUGACGUCCACGCAGUGUACGGCGACAUCGUGGCGGCCCAUCGCGUCGCUCAGCGGGAACGAGUGCGUCGCCGACCGCUUGCACUUCACGUCUUGGCGGCGGGCCGGUCACGUGUCGUUGUGGCCUCCGGCCAGGUGGCGGCGCUGCGCGACGCGGACGACGACGAGCUGUGCCAGAAGCGGGAAGCGGAACGAGCGCGCAGCCCCGCCCGACUUCUGAUGUCCGGGAACCAAAGACUGCUCGACGACACCGGCAAGGACGUGGCGAGAGUGCGGAGGCUGCAGGCCGCCGUCACGGCGCUGCGUGCGAAGCUGAGCGCGUUCCAGACUGAAACGGCGUCCGAGGAGCACGCGCUGGCGGCGGCGAGCACAGACGUGACGGCGAAGACUCACCGUCUCCGUGACGACCUGAGCGAAGCUCGCCAGGCGUCCAGGAAGCGUCUGUCCGUCCUGGCCCUCCGAACGGACGCCGCCGCGCGGAAGCUGCGGACGGUCGUCGCAAAGGGCGAGAAGGUUUUGCAGGCCGCCUCCGUCUGCAGCAAGAUACAACGCGCGACGUCUUCUUGGCCACACGGUGGCGAAGACGAGCAGCCGGGAGCGGCGCGACCGCCCAAGACAUUUCCAGAAGUUCAUCAGCUGACUCGCCGCCUCAACCGGGCCCUGCUGCAGCGAGACGCGCUCACCGAACGCGGCAGGGAGCUGCGUCGAGACAACCGUCAGCUCAGGGAUCUGCUCCGCCGGCGCCUGGACGGCGUGACGCUCGGAGGAGGGCGCGCCCUCGUCGCCGUCGAGGGCUCGGCCGACCGCGUCGUCAAAAACUCGCUCGUGUAACGUGUGACGAGGCGGGCCUUUACUGUGGCGGUGCGACGUCCUCGCAAUGAAAACAAAUGCCAGUUGGAAGACUAGAAAAAAUACUUUAAUUGUGGUAAUCAUGCAGGACACCAACAGGAAGUAAUAACGCGUCACGUGGUAAACGUGCUGCUCGCCACACCAGCAAUCCCUCAAGUUAAAACAAAAUACAAGCCAAUCGGGAGGCAGCGUGGGCUCCAGGGUGGCUUCUGAUUGGACAUCUCCUCCUGGAGUCUUGACUGCCUAAUAAGGACAUCGAAGCGUGAGAAUGGCGGCAGUGAACGACGUGGCUCCGCCCCCCAAGGCGGAUGCUAUGCGGUCAACCGAUCGGCAGGGGGGGGCGGAGGGGCUCGUUGGAAAAAUAAAAUCAAAUAAAUAAAAUA